UUUUUAUUCAACUCCCCGUUGUGAUAAAUUACAAACUUCAUAAUCGAUAAUCCAUUAUGGAUGAGUUGAUAUUGAUUGAUGAAUGCAUAAAACAUGCUCGUAAAUAUUCAUAUCGUUUUAUAUUGUAACGUCCGGAGUCAAGCGGUUUGACGGCUCCUUAUCAAUAAAAAUUCGGAUCACAUUAGAAAAAAAAUAAACCUAGAUGAAUACGAAAAGUUUAGUCUCAUGAUUUAAGGGUACUUGAAACAAUCAUUCAUUUUGGGAUAUUUCUCCAACCAGUUCAAGUUCGUGAUUAAUGAUAGUGAGUUACACGUUGCGAUAAAUUGUAUAAGCAUAUCUCGUGAUCAUUGAGUCCAAUUAAAUGUUCUCCUCUCGACGUAUGAACCAAAGUUAACUUAUCAAUACGAUAAAAAUUUGGAAAAUCGACAUUAUUAUCAAUGCCAGAUGGCAACAGAUAUCCGGUAUCUUUUUUUUCCUGAGUCAUGCCCGCUCCAAUUUUCUUCUUACCCUAGCGUUUAAUGAACAUAAACCGACCGUCUGAGAGGUAAUAAUUUUGUCUGUUGACGAAUUGUUCGACCAAUGUUCAUUUUGAAUUCGUAAAAAUGUAGUACCUGCAUGUGCUGAAAGACCAGAAAGAAGAUCAGAAAGUUAGGCAUCACACAUCGUUAGGUGGGGCAUAUAUUGUGGAACGAGGAACGAAAGUUACUUUCUUCAGACUUUCUCGAUUACGUCGUAAAGACCAAUCACAGGAAGAGUUCGACGCAGUUGUCGCGAAACUUCCGUACGUGGAGGAUCAAAUCACAUUUGUUCAACUCAGUAUUGAAAAUCCCAAUAGCGAAAAUAAUUAAUCACACGCAUAUAUUUAUCGAUUACUGCCUGUAGUUGAAUGCUUGGAUAGUGUGGUACUUUGGUCUGUAAUUAAAUUCAUACAGAACUCAACGAAAUUGAAAAAUUUCGUCUGUAACAUUGAUUUUUACGGGGACCAACGUAAGUGCGUUGAAAAUAAUGAAAAUAUCGGACAGGAGUCAUAAAAAACAAUAUUUCAGUGAAUCCUUGAAAUAAAAUUUAACGGUUUCUCUCUCCAAUUACUACAAAAUAACUCGGUUAAUAAAAAUAAUGGGGAUUUUUGAGCGACCAGUUCAGGGUGAUUUGGAAUACACGACAGAAUUACAGCCAAACGUGGCAACAAACGUAAUAACUCAGGCGAAGUAUGUAUCGCGAGAAAACCGAGGCAGUUUGUUGGGAGUUUAUCAAGGAUUCCGAGGCUGCACGGUAUGGAUGACAGGACUAUCGGGUGCUGGAAAAACUUCGAUCGCUUUUGAGGUCGAGAGGAACCUUGUUUCCCAUGGGAUCCCCGCUUAUGGUCUUGAUGGAGACAACGUUCGUACAGGGUUAAACAAAAAUUUGGGAUUCAGUAAAGAGGAUCGCGAAGAGAAUGUAAGAAGAGUGGCUGAAGUUGCGAAACUUUUCGCGGACAGUGGUCACGUUACACUUUGCAGUUUUGUUUCCCCUUUCGAAGAAGAUCGUCGUGUCGCGCGAAAAAUUCACGAAAGUGUUGGAUUGCCAUUUUUCGAAGUUUUCGUCGACGCCUCCCUAAACAUUUGCGAGUCUCGUGACGUCAAAGGUUUAUACAAGAAAGCAAGACAAGGAGCGAUUAAAAGUUUCACUGGCAUUGAUCAAACGUACGAACGUCCUUCCCAACCGGAUCUUAUUCUGGACACGGAGCAUUCUUCUCUUGAAGCAUCAACCAUUUGUUUGAUGCAAUUUCUUCAUUCCCGUGGUAUUCUUCCGGACCUUCCAUAUUCUGGAUCUGGCGAAGUUGUAGAACUCUUUUUGCACGGAGAAAAAUUGGCCUCGGCCAAAUAUGAGGCUGAAACCCUUCCGGUUUUAAUGCUCAAUGAGUUGGAUGUUCAGUGGCUCCAGGUUUUAGCUGAAGGUUGGGCUUCACCACUCAAAGGUUUCAUGAACGAAGAUCAGUACUUACAGACGCUCCAUUUCAAUUGUUUAUUCGAAAAUGGUAAAGUCAUAAACCAAUCAAUACCCAUUGUCUUGGCACUGACAGCUGUCGACAGAGAACGUCUCAGUGGGCGAAAAGCAUUCGUACUUCGAUAUGAAAACAAAAAUGUAGCGAUUAUUCGCAAUCCUGACUUUUAUCAUCAUCGCAAGGAAGAAAGGUGUUCGAGACAAUUUGGAACAAAUGAUCGAGGUCAUCCGUACGUCAACAUGAUUCAUCAACUCGGUGAUUGGCUCGUUGGAGGUGAUCUCGAAGUAUUCGAAAGAAUCCGAUGGAACGACGGACUCGACGCCUACAGACUGACUCCUAAUGAGAUUCGAGCAAAAUUGCGUGACCUUCAGGCUGAUGCAGUUUAUGCCUUUCAACUUAGAAAUCCUGUUCACAAUGGUCACGCUCUUUUGAUGCAGGACACCAGAAGACACUUGAUUGAAGAGAAAGGCUUCAGAAAGCCCGUUCUUUUGCUUCACCCUUUGGGUGGUUGGACUAAAGACGACGACGUUCCUUUGGCCGUGAGAAUAGAACAACAUCGAGCUGUGCUUGAAGAAGGUGUUCUGCAUUCUGACACUCUGCUCGCCAUUUUUCCAUCUCCCAUGAUGUACGCCGGACCUACAGAGGUACAAUGGCAUGCAAAAGCGAGAUUGAUCGCGGGUGCAAAUUUCUACAUCGUUGGUCGAGAUCCAGCAGGAAUAACACAUCCCAAAAAGUCAACAACACCCGACGGGAAUCUCUACGAUCCGAGCCAUGGGUCUCGGGUCCUUUCGGUUGCACCGGGAUUACGGAAUCUCGAAAUAAUCCCUUUCCGGGUCGCUGCCUAUGACAACAAGAUGGAACGAAUGGCAUUUUUCGACCCAUCCCGAAAAGAAGAUUUCGCGUUCAUUUCUGGUACCAAAAUGCGCGAUCUUGCCAAAUCCGGUGCCACUCCACCCCGAGGUUUUAUGGCAUCUAAAGCCUGGAACGUAUUGGCGAACUACUAUCGAUCGAUAGUCAACGAACUUUGAAUUUUCUCAAAAGUAUUUUAUUGUACUUUUGAGGUUUACAUUCAACGUUUCUCUUGUGAGAGAACUUUGCAUGCUUGCAAUUCUCAAGAAAAUUCAUAUAUUUCAAUCCAGACUUGACCCGAAAUCAAGUCUCUCAUGGAAUUAUAAUUAAUUCUACUUUAAUACCGAUUAUUUUUGAUAAAUAAGAACAUUUUCCAUAAUUCUUAAGCGAGGAACUUAAGAAAUAAAUUGUGUUGAGAAUUUAAAGUUUA